UGUGCGUGCUUGUGCGUACCUCGUAAACACACGGAGAAAAAGAAGCUCCAUUUUGACAGAUCGCCUGUAUUUUGCGAGAAAAGUUGAUUUUUUUCUUCGCACGGAAACGCAAGUGCUCGGAAAAAGGUGCAGUGUGGUUUUGUAAAUGAAAAGCAAAAACCUUUACCGAACGUGGUUGAGAUGCAUGACGACUAGCAUCGAGCAUUGUAUUUGUUGACGGUAGUUGUGUUCGGCUGCAUUUAGGCGGUUCCCGGCCGAGGCACGAUUGUGUGCGAUUGUGGCGGUACAGUUGUUGCCCUCCCGGGCGUUGUUGCGUUGCGAUUGUGUUAUUCUGGCAAAAAUUCUGGCGUGCUGUGGUACAAAAUAUCAGCAUCUUGCUUACCGUGAAUCAUAGUGUAAGCUCGAAAGCUUCGAGUUAAAAAGAGUGAAACGUGUGUGUUGAUACAAGCAGUACAGAAGCGUGGUGUUCCCCAUUGUGUGUAAUCUGCAGGCUAGCUGAAAAGUGUUGUGUUUACGUCGUGUUUCAUUUGUUCAAACAACAGAUUUGCGGUUCCCGAAUUGAACGAAAAACAAUUCACUUUUUUACAGGGAGCGUACACGCUGCUUGAGAAACGCGCGAUUCUAGGGAUGUCGUUCAAGUCAAGUGUGAAAACGCGUUGCUGGUAAGGCAGCAGUGAAGCCAGCGUAUUUGUGAUCGAAAACACAGCGAGUGGCGAACGAAUUGGCACACGUGGUAAAGCUCGGAAAAAGGAUAUGCAAUGAUGGCUUUGGCCGGGGAACACGUUGUGCGAGGUAGUCCGUGCGUGUGAUUGAAAGUGUGUAGUAUUGCUGUAUGUGCGCGGAGUGCAACCACAACGGCAGCCAGAAUGUCAACAAAAACAACUACGACCACCACAACGGUGUCGGGACGAGGGAGCAGUAGCAGCAGCAGCAGCGGCGGAGAGUUCGAUGUGACCUCCUUCGAGAAACGGCUGCGGGACCUGAAGGAUACGCAGGACAGCAUUCAGCAAUUGUCCAGCUGGUGUCUAUCGAAACGAGCUCACCACAAAAAGAUAGUGAGCAGCUGGCUGAACGUACUGAAGCAAGUAAAAAUCGAAAGCCGAUUGACGCUGUUUCAUCUGGCCAACGACGUGAUACAGAACAGCAAGCGCAAACACUACGAGUACGUCGAUAGCUGGGGCACUUACCUGCAGAAAGCGACCACGCUGGUGCGCGACGAGAAGGUGAAGCAUAAGAUUUUACGCAUCUUCAAAAUCUGGGAAGAGCGGGAAAUCUACAACGAAGAAUUUUUGGCCGACCUGAACGGGCUGCUAAGCGUCACGACACCCAGCAGCAGCAGCAGCAGCAACAGCAGCAGCAGCAAAAUGCAUCCAGCUCGAAAUGCUGGACCGACACUCGCCUCCGGUCCGACGAAGCUGGCUGAGACGAAAUCGGUCGUUAGUGCGACUACCGCCCAGCUCGAUGUGGACGACUAUCAAGCGUCACAGUUAGUGACGGUGGUACGCGAAUGUGUCAAGCAUCAGAGCGACACUGAUCAUGCGUUCAAGGGGCUAAACAAAAAGCCACACGUUGAUGUGGAAGCGGUAAUGAACUCGAUUAAGGGCAAGGACCGCAAGAAGGUGGAAGAGGUCGAGCUCGAGAUCGACGAACAUUUGGCGCAGUACGAGAGCGUUGUGGAGGUGUUGAAGACGGAGCAGAAAUCGCGCCAGGAGCUGCUCACCUCGCUGCAGCAGGCCAGUCUGUUCUAUGAGCACCAGCGGACGGAGGUGAAGGUGGUGGUAAAUGCUUAUCGAAACUUUGGCAAUCGGCUGAAGAGCAUGAAGAAAAGGCUGGACGAGCUGACGGUAAGCUUACCAAGCCCGAUCCCGUCUCCGGACAUUAACGCACCGUCCCCAGUGCCCUCGGACGGGGAUAACAUUCUGCCCAACGAUGACAACUACUUCCAGAUGAUACAGCAUCAGGGAAGCUACAUGGGCGGAGGCAAUCUGUCCUUCGACAUCAAUGACUUUACCCGCAGUGACUCUCCGAUGGUCAUGAACAGAGUACAACCGAUACAAGUGAUACAUUCGCGUAAGGAACAAACCGAAGGGGUGAACGAUUUCCUGAAGACUUUUUUCCCCGAUCCAUCAGGUUACCAUGGGCCACCACCGGGUAGCGGGCCGGCGGGCGGUGGUGGAGUGGUGCAGCCCUCCUCCCAGCCAUCACCACCCGGCAUCGUACCACACCCGUACGGCGGUGGAGGUGGUGGUGGUGGUGGUGGAGGCGUGGGAGGUGGCGGUGUUGGCGGAUUUAUAAACCCUUGGGCUUCCUCGACUCCCCGAGGACCUCCGCCCGGUAGAGGAAACAAUGGUGGAUAUGGUGGCAACAAUGGUAGCAGACCGCCACCGUACGGCGGUCAGUCGAUGCUGCAGGACUACGGAACGCCGCAACAGUCGCAGGGCGUUGGACGGAAUGCGGGGCCGAUUACGCAGCCACUACAACCACCGCCAAUGCCGCCCAUCAAUCUGGAUGCAUCGGACGAGUACAAUUCGACGUGGAACAUGUCCAUGGCGUGGGACGGAACGCAUGAUUCGUCCGGAUUCCAGAGCCUGGAUGCCCCGGUCUCACCGUCACACUACGAUCGCAAAGGCAUGAACAAUAGCGGCAUGCUGCUGGAUUACGGUGAUGGAAGCAGUGGAGACGGUGGGCUGAUGCAAGACGUUGACCAUCGGCAGCUGUCCGGCAACCUUUCGAUGGCUCCGUUCGUGAAGGAAAAGGGUCGCCUGGCGGAUGUAGACCAUCGCAAUCUAAUCUCACUCACCGGAUCGCCUGGCGGUCCGCCACAGCUGAAAGACGCGCACGAUCUGGACGCGUUGGAUGACAGCUCGUCUUCGAACAGUAUGCCGGUAGGGUCGACGAAUGUACGUGGCGGUGGUAUGCAUAAGAGGAAGACGGCCGCUCCACAACCUGUACCUGCUCCAAGCGUGCCAUCGAACGAAUCGGGCAGUGGUAGCAGAGGUUCGAUUUGGUCGGCCCAUGGAAACGCCUUUUCUGCGCCAUCCAACGACAUCGAUCUAAGGCUGUCCGCUGUGCAAGGGCCACCCAACUCCGCCCUCACGGUAGUGCCGACGACGAGAGCGUCGAACACGUCGCUAGGUUCCGAGCCGCAUCGGAACGAUACUGGAGAGACCGAGUCGAAUGAUCUCGAUCUCGAUAUGAGGAUACAAUCGCUGGAAAAAGCGAUCGCGGCACAAAUAGCGAGUAGCGCGGCACCGCCGCUCUCGAUGGAAAGGCUUGGCAAUGCGGACGAAGGCGAUCUGGCGAUGAGCAACAGCGGGACGACGGCGAGAAUGAUGGCAAUGCAAUCGGUUAAGAGUGCAGCGGUAAGCGGUGAGGGCGAAUUAAAUUUGCCUUCGCUGCAGACGCCGGUUUCGCUGAUCGAGAUUGACAGCUUUUUGCAAAACUUCGAGCGGGAAAACUUUGAGGAUUUCUCCAAACCACCGGCAUUAUUGAUGAGCAACCAGACCGAAUCAUCCCAAUCGCCACCAGCUACCUCAGAGCAUUCCGCGGUGGGAGAUGGGAAGCGAAAUCCUUCCGACAACACCGAGAGCGUGGACAUGGACCUGUCGGACGAGGAGUGUGACCCGCUGCACCACCAAUCGCAUCACGAGGGAGAUAAAAGCCUAUCGCCACAGCCAGUCUCCGCCUCCUAUCGCCAUCAUCACGGUGCCGACGAGAAUAGUAGCGAUGCGCCGGCGAAAGACGAUGGGACACUCAUGGACAACCAAGACACCGAAAGCCCGCUAAUGCGGCUACCGGUCGUGAAUAGUAACAACGGCAUCGGUGGCAGCAACGGCGGCGGCGGUGGUGCUAACAAUCAGACAGGGCCGCUCCUUCAGCGACCUCCGCUGCUGCCGGAUCCAUCGUUUCCGCCCGGUGCCGGUCCCAAGUGGGAUUUACCGCCACCCAACUUGAUGAGUUUGAACCCGAUGAUGAACGCGGUCAUACCGCCACCGCCGACGCUCGGUGCGCUCGUGAACAAGCUGACCCAGCCGCCACCACUGGGAGCGGGACAGAUCUGGGCAGAUCAACCACCACCGAACGGGCAGCAGGGUGACGUUGUGUCCAACCGGUUUGGCACACCGAACCGGCCGCCACCUCCGCUUCCGUUCGGUUCCGGGAAUGGUGGCAACUACCGGGGUGGUGGUGGGGGUGCCGGUGGAACGCCUCGUGGUGGACGAGGUCAUAAUCGGCCACCGUACUUUCGUGGCGGUGGUUCGGGCGGUAUGCGCACGAACAUGGUCCCGGGCGGAUUGAUGAUGCCGGGCGGUGGUGGCCCAUUCGCGGGACAGAUCGUGGGCGGCACGGGUGGGUCACCGGGAAUGCGUGGUGGUGGAUACCAUCGGGGAGGUGGAAACAAGUUUCGCGGCGGUGGAGCGGGCGGCGGCGGCGGCGGCAACAAUCGCACAGGAUGGUAAUUGCGCCGGAGUGUGAACUGAAUGGUGUAGUAGAGCCUAGAUAAGUAUAAGACGUAGCUUCGUUUCGGAUGUAAAUUAAGGGCCCAAGCUAGAGCGACCGGAUGUAAGUGUGGACAACAGGCGUGAAAGUAGGUUAGAACUAAGCACGACAGAAGCCCAUCCGACUGCGACUAUCGUAGAGACGACUCCUCUUGUACAUAUGUGGUAGUGUACGGGACGUGUAAAAUAGAGAAAACCCCCCUCGAUCGGCCAGGAAUGGACACGCGGCCGCGUAGAACCGAGCAACCGAGGGAAUAGGAAUCUACUAAAUCGACAUCAAAUUCCCGUGGCUACUUCCUGUUCCUGGCUGUUUGGGGGUGUGAACCGGGCCAACGAGGCAGCUUUCCCCCUGGGCGAAGCAAGGGCGCGGGAGGCUCGCGAGGAGACGUCGCGGGGAGCGAUGAAUUCCGGUGUGAAUCGGAAGCAUAUUGUAGUAGGGCCUUGCUGCAAAGUAGAUUAUUUCUGUAUGUGUGAUGUUGGCAUUACCUGGCCCGGGGUUCGCACUAUUACCAUCAUAUUGACAUUACAACCAACUUCAUGUGUUUGUUUUUGGAUAUGGCACACGCAUUGCUGUGCAACAGUGGAUUCAAUGCAGCAUACUAUGUCGAAGGGAAGCCAUUUUCGUAUGUCCGUACACACAUACGUACAUGCAUAGAAUUAUUAACAAAAGCCAACAAUGAUUCAAAUGUUAAGCCGAACGUUCCGGCGUAACGGUACGAAAGAAAUGAAUUCACAGCAAGAAACUGGGGACAUUGUUGUGUGUACUCCGUGUACGUGUUUGUGUGUGUGUGUGUGUGCGUAUGAAGUAGUAGGAUAAGGACAACAGUCUCAACAAGUAUAAUGAUUUUAUUUGCAACUCGUUUGUUUUCCACUAUCCCAUAUAUAUUCCUCCCAAAACUCUAGACACUAUGAUGGUAGAUGUUUUUUCUGCGAAACAGUGUUUGAAAGAUGAAAAAUAAAAUGAACUGUGUUUUUCCAAUUCAUUCAUUCAUGAAAACGUGGCGCUGGCUCCAAUUAUCCGACGAUGUGGUGUGAUGUGCUGGCAAGUCCAGUUUUGGUUUUGGUUUUCGUUUUGGUGCAGAUGCCAGCUCACGUUUUACAUACCCCCGGUAUGUUUUAUUUCAUUUUAAUACAUUUUUAUCCUAUUUUUGGUAUGGUAUUUGUUUGUCCGCUGUUCGAACAGGACAUAAAUGCAUCUUCGCUUGGUUUGCUCCGAUAUUGCCGUAACCAUAAUUUUGAAACUUGUUACGUUCCUUGUACUGGUUUCUGGUAAAUUUGUGACGAUUUAUUGUAAAAAGCGAAAGAAUGUAGACGAAUUUACUGUUUUAAUGGAAAUAGAAGAAAGAUUUUUAUGUUUUUUUUACCUUUUAUGCAAGGAAUGUCUUAAGGACUUCCUGACUGUUCUGAAACAUCUUAUUAUUUGGCUUUGAAUAGAGAAUUGUGUGUCCAGUGAAAUUCGUGCCGUAUGAGUAAUGUGCGCCUUUGAGAAUAUGCUUCCCAUUCACACCAAUGCACACCAAGAAAGAUAUCAACCCGUCCAGUAAAAUUGCAAACCCACACUCACCCAGCAAUCGAUGCUUUGAAAUGCUUAACACCUAUCUCUGUCCCGCUGCCCUAUGCCAAUCGGGGGGAAAACGUCUGCCUUAUCCCGCAAAUUCCCAGCCCGUACGGUUCACGCGAAGAUACCAAGCACGGGGAUGUAGGUAAAGUGUCGAUAAAUCGUUCAGGUCUUUUUUUUUAAAAACACGCUUAGCGUCGUUACUCGUCAACUGUAGGUAGGUGUUAUGUAGGAGUGUUUUACGAGCGAAGAACCAGGAACUAUAUAUUGUACAAAAGCGCAGUUAGAAAACAGAUAGACAGGCAUGCAUCAUACCGUACCUAGUGGACAGUGCUGCUAGGGAGAUUAGCUUUAGGAGCGAUCGUUGAGUUCGGAGUUUUGUUUGGUAAGGUAUAAGAAAGUAGUACGUUAAGGUUGUGUACACAGGAGCCCAGCAGGAAGGGCGUAGAACUUAGUCCGUAAUCAUGAUCUCGAGCAGGGUACUGAGGAUGGCAUGACAGAAGCGAACCGAUUUGAAUGCUGUUAAAUCGGUGGAGAAAAAGCUGUUCGGUGGAGCUUUUGAAGCAGCAUCACAUCACGACGAAGUGACGAAACACACAAUACACAAGCGAGACCAGUUUGGAAAA